UUUUGAUAUUAUUCUUUCGAAUUUAUAGAGAAACGAUAAUAGUUUUGUGUUUUGAAUUUCGAUCUCAUUCAAUUUUAUUAUUAUUAAUCCAUCUUUUUUUAAAAAAACUGUGAACCAAGAACCAGAUAAGUUAUCGUUCAACGCUAUGAUUUUUAAUCAACAACAACAGCAACGAUUCGGCAAUUUUGUCUCCUGAUUCUAUUCUUACCAUCAUUUAUUGAUAUAUAAAUUUCUUCAAUCAGAAUUAAAAUCAGUAACAAUUUUACAAAUGGAACAGGAUAGCCCUUUACCAUCAUCAUCAUCAUCAUCAUCAGAUCAUCCGGAUGAUCAUACAUCACAUCAACAACAACAUCAAGAACAGAAUCAACAACAACAACAACAAAAAUUAAGUGCACAUCUAAUACCGGCAACCAUCGAUGAUAACAUACUUAAACGUGAAUUAUAUUUUUUAAUUUAUAAAUUUUUGGAACGAAGUCCAUUACAACAAUCAUUUCAAGUAUUACAACGUGAAUUAGAAUCCAAUGCAUGUCUGUUACCACCACAAUAUGAUUGGCGUACCGGUACGGAACGUUCAUUGGAAGAAUCUGGAUUUGGGAAGGAAAUACUCGAGCUAGCCAUUAGGCAGCAUCCACACAUCACUGCCGAUUAUCUAUUUCAAUCACUAAAACAAGCACAUCAGGCCUUAGGUCAAGUUGUGCCACCACCGAUUGAAAAUUCUAUCGUUUCAUUCCUAUCAGCCGGACGUUUUUCAUUGAUACGACCUAUACCGAAAAAAUCAUUAAUACCGGAACAAGAUGAACGUUUAUUACCACGAAAUCGUAAUCCAUAUUCAUUAGCAUCUAUAUCCAAUCAUCGUAACCAUGCACCACCAUUGCCGUCACAACGUUUUUCAUCGGUUCAUUUUCCCGGGCAUAUUAGUCAAACAUUAUUCAGUCGGCAAUUGGCUGGUCCUAAGCCCAUAACGCAUCUAUUGCCAGUUGGAUUCUAUGAACAAUAUCAAAAAUAUAAUCGUGUACUUGGUCAUCUUUCUUCCGUAUUCUGUGUUCUUUUCGAUCGUACUGGGCGAUUUUUGGUGACUGGAGCGGAUGAUACUAUCAUUAAAAUUUGGUCUGCAUCCAAUGGCCGUUUAUUGGCUACCUUACGUGGACAUCAAGGUGAAAUAACCGAUUUAUCUAUUUCACUUGAAAAUGAUAUGCUUGCAUCGGGCAGUUGUGACAAAAAAAUUCGUGUUUGGGACCUACGUACGACUGCUUUGAUCAAAACGUUAAAGAAUCAUGAAGAUCAAAUAUCAGCUGUAAAAUUUUGCCCACUUAUGACACAGGAUACUCGAUAUCUAGUAUCAAUCUCUCAGGAUGGUAGUGUUUGUUUUUACAAAUAUGAUGCUAAAACUCGCUUGUUUCAGGAUGAUCCGAUUCGUUUUGUCGAACGUAAACGUCGCGAUUCUCAACUAGUAUCAUGUUCGUUCUCGGCAGGUGGCGCCUUUUUUGCUGUUGGUUCAACUGAUUGCAGUCUUUAUGUUUUUCAUGUUUCGGCACCGGCUGGUCCGGCUAAAAUUCUUGAAAUUGAACAACAUACCGAUCAUGUGGAUUCUUUACAGUUUAGCAAUCGAUCAAUGUUACGAUUUAUUUCUAGUGGUCGUGAUGGUCUGGCGCACAUUUGGAAUUAUGAAAAACAAAAAUGGAAUCAUCUCAAAAUUGAUAUAAAUCAACGAUUAGAUGGUCGACCACCAGAACGUCGAGUAGAAAUUGCUGGAACAUCAAAGAUUUGUGUUUUACGUGUCUGCAUGGUAGCCUGGACAAUUGAUGAUCGUUUUGUUAUCACUUCAUUAACAGAUAGUUCGAUUAAGGUUUGGUUUUCACAUAAUGCUAAAUUAAAACAUGUUCUUUAUGGUCAUGAAGAUGAAGUAUAUAUUAUUGAACCACAUCCUACUGAUGGUCGAAUUAUAUUGACCGCCGGACAUGAAGGUGCUAUAAUGAUCUGGGAUGUUGUCACCGGCACAAAUAUAAAAACAUUUUACAAUGCAUUGGAAAAUUCUCAGGUUCCCGCAUCAUUGUUCGAUGCUAAAUGGAAUCCGGACGGUACAAUGUUUGCUGCGACCGAUAGCUAUGGACAUUUAAUUCUUUUUGGACUAUCACCAUCGAAUCCAUAUGCCGAAUUACCUGAACAUAUGUUUUUUCAUACCGAUUAUCGGCCUAUCAUACGUGAUGUCAAUGAUUUUGUUAUAGAUGAACAGAUGCAGAUUGCACCACAUCUAAUGCCACCACCAUUUUUAGUCGAUAUUGAUGGGAAUCCCUAUCCACCACGACUUCAGCGGCUAGUACCUGGCCGAGAAAAUUGUCACGAUCCACAACUUAUACCGUUCGAUGGUGGUGAUCAACAAAAUGAUCAACAAGCUCAACAACAAGGAGCCCUUACUAUUGACGAUAUGAUUGAACGUUUACAGCGAGAACAACGAGGGCAACGACUACCAAGUGGUUCAGGAGAUAAUUCGGCUCCAACUUCAGCAUCUUCACCAUCUGCUGCUUUGCGAAAUUCUCAUUCGGUUGGUGACGGUGUACGUAAUGCUGCCAAUUUAGUCGAUCCAAAUAACCGUGUUAAUGAUGAAAAUGGUAGACCAAAUAGAUUUCAAAUGGGUAUAUUCAUGCGAAAACCAUUGAUUAUGCCGUUGCCUGAACGUGAAAUCGAAUUCAUUCGUGAGCGACAAUGUUCGCUAAAUAGAAUGGAAGAAGAAUAUUAUCGGGCAGAACAGAAAAAACGAUCAAAAGAGAUUGAACCAAUUGAACCAUUACCAAAAUUUAAGCCAUUUACACGACGACAACGAAGAAUAUUGUACCAGUCCAGUGGUGUCAUACGUGCAUCAUCACGAUCAAAUCGUUCAAAUACAAAUAAUGCCGAUAGUAAUGAACGUCGAUUUGCAUUAGUUCCGCUUGAUGAAGAUGAUUCUAAUGACGAAGAUUUUACUGGUACAUCAGAAGAGGAAUCGAGUGAUUCAGAUGAUACUACAUCAGAUUCAGAUUGGAAUCAACCAUCAACAUCACGUGAUAGAACGCCAUUCACAAAUUCAGCUGCUGCUGUUGCGACUAGUGCUUCUACCAGUCGUAAACGCAAACGUCGUGGUACCGAUGUUGAUGAUGAUGAUGAUGAAGAGGAGGAAGAGGAUCGUAUUCAAAGUGAUAAUGAUGAUAACGCUCAGCAUGGUCCUUCCAGUGAUAUAAUCCUUUUAAAUCAGCCAUCAACUUCAAAUGGAAACGAUGGAUCUAUACGAUCAAGACGGCAAAAAAAUAUCGAAGAUAUCCAUAAUCCAUCUGAAAGACGUCAACGUUUUGAACAAAUUCCUGUUGAUCGUAGUGGGCAUACAUUUCGACAGCUUAGAGAUGACCACCACCUUGAUGAACAGUUUCGACCACCUGAAUGGUUUACGAAUAGUAAACCUAAACGAAUGCCUUAUUUUCCACAGAUUGGUGAUCGUGUUGUAUAUUUCCGUCAAGGUCAUCAGAAAUAUAUUGAUGCAGUACGUGAAACGAAAUGUUAUAAAAUUAAUCUGGCAACAAAACCAUUUCGAUUACGUGGAAGUGAUUCGGAUGAAAUAUUUGCCAAAAUUAUCGGUAUUCAAUAUCAUGUCAAGCCACCACGUUUAGUUACACUGCGUAUGGUUGUUGUAGAUCCAUUAGCUGAAGAAAACGAAGCUGAACAACAACAAACAGCGAAUAAUGUUGAUCCAUCUUCAUCCAUUCAUCAUCCCCAUAAUGCCCAGCAACAAUUUUCUAUUCGAUAUCAUGAUCUAGAUCAUGUUUGUGAUUUCAUCAUCCUGAAACAAUGGUACGAUAUAUCCGUUUCACGUGAAUGGCGUAUUUCUGACAGAUUUCGAUCAGCAAUCGAUGAUCAAUGGUGGAUCGGUCGUAUUCAUUCUACGCGUUAUACUGAAGCAAAUUCUUAUUUUCAAUCAAUCCAAGUUAUUUGGUGUAAUGGUGAAAAAGAAUUAUUAAGUCCUUGGGAUUUGGAACCUCUAGAAUCGAAUCCAGAUGAUCCCGAUCAACAAACACAUGAUGGUCAAUCAGUAACCGAUGAAGAGCGAAUAUCAUUUUCAAUGAUUGAUGAUCAAGAAUGGCCACUGGAACAACGUAAUCGUGAUCGUGAACGUAUAAUAAAUGGCCUUUUACGUGUUAUGGAAUUUUCACAUGCAGAAGAAUUUGCCGCUCCUGUUGAUCUCAAUCAACAUCCAUUAUAUGCAAUAACAAUACCGUAUCCGAUGGACUUAUCUACAAUCAUGUCGAGAUUACGAUCAAAUUUCUAUAGGCGUUUAGAAGCGGUUAAAUUUGAUGUGCGUUUUAUUGAAUCGAAUGCCGCAUUAUAUAAUAUGCCUGAAUCACUUAUUGUUAAAAAAGCCAAAAUUAUUACCGAAUGUUGUUUACGUUUUAUAGAAGAUUCUGAAUGUCAAGAUCCGACACCAAUCAUGAAUGAAUUAAGUAAUACUUAUGCAUCAGAAUUAGUCACCGCUUCACCUGUCGAUCCUACUCAACAACAGCAACAGCAACACCAUUCAUCAUCAGCUUCAUCAUCAUUUGACCAACAAAGGCCACGAAGAUCUACACGUCGUAUUCGUCCGGUAAUGUUUUCUGAUAGUGACAUGGAUGAAACUAAUCGCCAAGGUCAGUCAUCGAGAUCUGUCCGUGCUAAACGUAGUCAUAAUCGACAUCCAUACGACCAUGAUGAUAAUAAUAGACCACGCAAAACAUGGAAACAAUUGUGUCGUGAACUUAUUGAUCAGAUUUUCGAGCUUUCCGAUUCUGAACCUUUCCGUGCACCUGUUGAUCCGAUCAUCUAUCCCAAUUAUGCUCACAUAAUCGAUACACCAAUGGAUUUGACGACAGUAAAAGAACAGCUCCUAGCCGAUAUCUAUGAUUCACCGCAAGAUUUUGCCAAAGAUAUGCGUCUAAUAUUUACCAAUUCCAAACAAUUCAAUACAAACAAAAAAUCACGUAUUUAUUCAUUAACCAUUCGAUUGUCGAAUAUAUUUGAAGAAAAGAUGCGCUCAGUAAUGAGUGAAUUAAAGUCAUCAAGAAUGCUUAAGAAUCGACAAUCAUCCAAUGGUGGUCGCCGAUCUGGUCGAAAUAGUAGUAAUGCAAGAAUCAAUCGCGGAACUAGUCGAUAUCCACAAAAAUCAUCAUCAUCGCUACCAAUGUCACCGCCAUUGCCUAGCCCUUAUGAACAACAAUUAAAUGGGCCAUCGACAAGUCGAAGACGAUGUAUGACACAGCAAUUAAUGAUGAUUGAUUCAAAACAACAAUCAUCAUUGGCUAUUGCAUCUAAUCAUUAUAAUCAACAACAACGUUCUAGUCAUAGAAUUUCAAAAUAUUAUUAUGGUUCAAAUUCGGUUGAAAAAUAUGGCCUUAGACAUCGACGGAAGCGUAUUCGAACGUAUAAAGAAGAUGAUAGUAAUGAAGAUUUUGAUGAUGAUGAUGAUAAUGACGAUGAUGAUGAAUCUAUGAAUAUUGAUCAAAGUAUUAAUAAUAAUGUCAAAGGACAUAGCGAUAACAAUAAUAAUAAUACACAAUCAAUUGUUAAUGAAAAAUAUCAUUUACGGCGUAACAAUAGAAAACCUCGACGAUUCUAUUCGGAUGACGAUGUAGAGGAAGAAUCAGAAUUACCUGAAGAAGAAGAAGAAGAAACAAAAGAUGAAGAAGAUACAGAUGAAAAGACAGAUGUUGAAGAUGAUCGUGCAGAGGAGGAAGAGGAAGAAGAAGAAGAAGAACAGCCAAAUGAUUCAGAUGCAACUCAAUUUGAUGCAGAAGAUGAUGAUGAUGAUGAUGACAAUAAAGAAAAUUCAUCAUCUCGUACUGGAACACGGAGGCCGAUUCGAGCUGCAGCAAGAAAACGAGUAAAUUAUGAUGAAAAUGUCUCUGAUUCUGAUGAUGAAAUGACCGGAAAUCGAAUCCGUGAACUAAAUGUUAGGCUACGGUCUCAUUAGAACCUUUUCACCGAGCCAGACGACUCAGAACAAAUCAAAAAUCAUCAAGUCUGAAAAGUUGUGCUAAAAUUGAUCCAGACAGCUUGUAGGUUCAACAGUGGUCAGAUUUGGUCAUUGAAUACAAUAUUGGUACGUGUUGAUGUGAUCUUUUCGUGAAUGGUGACAACAAUCAGAAUAAGAAUAAAAAAAAUAGCUGAUAAAGAAAAACAAUCUAAUAGUCCGUGGAUGAAAUGAUUACGUGUGGAUGUAAAUAGCAUGUGUGUGUGUACAGCUAUGUAAACAAUGCAUUGAAUGUCUUUUACAAUCAUGUUAACGAAUAUUCAGUAUAUUAUAAUAAAUUAAGUGUGUAUAUCAA